AUGUCACUGACCAUAUAUGCUGGAGAAAAUAUUUUCCACUUUUCCUGCCUCGAGUAUGCUCCUGCAGCAGCAAUAUCGAGAAAUGGGAUUAAAAAAUAUUCAGAAUUAAUUGCACAUCUCCUUGUUGCUGAACAACAUAAUGACUUACUGAUGAAAAACAAUGAAAGUCGACCUAUUGGUUCUAUGUCAUUUCCUGAAGUGAAUACAACAAAUUUUCACCAAUCUAAGCGUGGAAAAGGUCGUGGCCGUGGACGUGGUCGAGGAAGAAAUUUCAAUCAUGGUGAUCGUAUUGCAUUAAAUAAUAACCUUCACCACAAUCGGUGUAAAAAGAAGGAUGAAAAGCAUGAAGUGGUGCAAAGGAAAAAUUCAGACAACAAAUGUUAUCAAUGUGGUAGAAAAGGGCAUUGUUCAUGUACCUGUCGUACGCCAAGGCACCUGGUUGAGUUGUAUCAAGCUUCCCUGAAGGAGGUGAAAAAUAACGGAGAAGCAAACUUUAUCUCUGAGCACUACAACAAAUAUGGUAUAUAG